AUGACCGGUCGUGGUGGCGGCGGACGCCGCGUUUUGCUUCCUCCCAUUAACAUGAUCUUCAAGCUUCUGCAGACCAACUCUACCGUUAGCGUUUGGCUGUACGAACAGCUCGGCAUCCGCAUCGAGGGCAAGAUUCGAGGUUUCGAUGAGUUCAUGAACCUCGUUCUCGAUGACGCCGUUGAGGUCCGCCAGAUUACCAAGACCAACGACAAGGAGUCAAGGAGACCACUAGGACAAAUCCUCCUCAAGGGUGACAACGUCUCUCUGAUUCAAAAUUUGUCGGAAUGA